AUGCAGGGCGCGACAGUCAGCGCGCCGAAUUUUCGCCCGCCGACGGAGCUUUUGGAUGAAGUACCGCAACCAGAAGGCUCCUCGUGGUGGCUGCAGACAAGUGCCGCACGGCUUCAAUCCUUCGAAUUACGCAUGCUGCACGCCAUAAAAUAUAGGCAGGGGUUCGUCGCUGGAUUGAACACAAUUACGACACUGGGACUGCAACAGAGCGCUGCUAACAGCAGUAAGGAAAUCAUGGUCCUGAUUCAUGGUUUUGCAGGAGGAUUAGCCUGUUGGGCACAGAAUUGGGAGUUUCUCUCUGAGCAUUAUAUUCUUUGUGCCCUCGAUUUACCCGGUUUCGGCCGAAGUAUGCGGCCUAAUGUGACUGCAAGAACCCCGAGGGAGGUACUGGAUUUUUUCUGUCAGUGCCUUGAUGACUGGUUUGGUGAGAUGAGGUUCAAAAUUCCUGUCAUUUUGGUUGGCCACUCCUUUGGUGCCUAUAUAGCGGCGCAUUAUUCCAUGCGUCGUGGCCCAUCUUGUGUGCGACUGUUAGUGUUUGUGGAUCCGUGGGGUGUAAACAGAAGGGACCAAUCUGGAUCCAAAAGGGUUCCAUUCACGUGGCGCCUCGCCCUCAGUAUUGCUAAUAGAAUGAACCCGCUUACACUCGUACGUGCAGCUGGUCCUUUGGGUCCACUUUUCUUCCGGCUAAUACGACCGGAUUUCGCAAACCGCUGGCGUGGUUAUCUGCCGGACCCCGUUACCUUCUACGAGUAUACAUAUCACUGCAACGCGCAGCUGCCGCCGCUUGGAGAAGAACUAUUUAAGAUUUGCUAUCAUCAUGACAUUACUGCUAAGGAGCCGCUGGAAGAUGAACUACCAUCAUCUUUGUCUAAAGAUAUACCGUUGGUACUGCUGUACGGAAGUGAGACGUGGAUGGACGCAGAGCGGGGCACCACCAUGGCCGACAAAAUGGAAGGCAUGGGUUUCAAGGUGGAAGUAGACACAGUGAUGAGUGCAGGCCACCAGGUGUUUACAGAUAAUCCGUCUGAGUUCAACAACAAACUUUUGCUGGCACUUGCUGAGUUGUUGGCCUAA